AUGGCUAGUUCGUUCGUCUCCAGGAUCCUGGAACAUGCAGAUCAACUGGAGCAGAAGAGCAUCCAGGAGAAGCUGGAUGUGCUGACCAUGAAGCUCAGUGAGAUGGAGGUGGAGAUGCACCAGCUGGCAGAGAGCAAGUAUGUCCACUUUCACCCCAACCUGUUGACGGCAGACAGUUUAGUGCAGCGAGUCCAUGAUGUCCAGACUGAGAUGUCUGCCAUUGAAGACAAGGUCGACACAGAAGUCAAAGGUCAGCUGUGCACAUCGGUAAGAGAGUACCAGAGCCUCAACCAAGAACUGCUGGAGGCUAAAACUGUCCUGGCUGGCCUGUCCUAUCUGGCAGUUAUCCAUGAGUUUCUAGAGACAUCUGCCAGAUCUCUGGAAGCAAAGCAGUACAGCCAGGCAGCAGUAGCUCUAUGCAAGCUGCAGACCUUCUUCCAACAUCCUCUGACCAAUCAGGAUGAGAAGAUUCACAUCCUGGCCGCCAUGAGGAUUGAACUAACGGCCCAGUUUGUUCGACUGGAGUGUGAUCUCUGUAACCUGUGGAAGGACUCCAUCAAGUGGACACUCAAGACGUCACCCCCUGAGACUGCCAGCAACACUGACAUCAUGGAGCUGUCUGUGUCAGUGACAUGUCCAGGAGAUGACCAUUCACAGCUGGAGCAGCUGGUUGAAGGGCUGCAUGUGGUCAACCUUCUGCAGGGCAGGAUGGCAGCAUUUGCUGGCUGGUUCCAGAAUGACCUAGUUCCAUUUCUCACUGAGCAUGUGAACUUGCAGAUAGUGAUGACUAAUGUCAACCAGACCAGGACAUUGCACAUCAGCAGUCAGGAUGGGCAGUCACUGUCUAAACCUGGCAACACUAGAACCAAGAGCAACAUUAGUGAAGAGAAGAUGUACACCUUUGUGUUUGCCAACCUCAUCAACAUCCUAGAGCAGCUCCACGCAUUGUUCUUGCAUGUUGGGUACGGACAUCAAGAUGGUGGACACCAGGAUGCAUCCCGCACUUCUCAUGGCGGGCCUGGUGCUGGGACAUUGAUGUCUCUGCUGGGCCACUCUGUCAGUGGCUGGCUGCUGCAUCUCUUGAAGACAACUGUGCUGGCCAAAGCUGUGCCUUCAAGUGCCAAGGAUCUGGAGGGAUUCAGUCAGGUGAUUGCUGCCACACGUCUGCUGCAAGAUCAGCUCUUGGCACUGGGCUUUAUUCAGGCGGACAAUCUGGCACUCAUGGACUAUGUGCAGAACGUCAACUUCCUGUUUGCCAAUAAGAAAAGUCAGGCUACAUUAGAGCAGGCUCACACACUGAUGACCUCUGACCUCCAUGAACAUGUGGCCGUGGCAGAAGAUAAGCCUUCAGGGGAAUGGCCACCUCUGACCCCUGGCGGGGUCAAGAAAGGCGAGCGCAUGGAGCUGGCAGGUGACCAGAAACUCAGUGAUAAUACACUGAGAAUGCCCAGAUGCAGGAUCAGUGAGAACAUCCAAACAUUGAUGACGCUGGCUUAUGACACAUUACAUGAAGCCACAGAGAGUUCCCCGGAGUGUGCCACACAAAUGUUCUAUGCUGUGAGAAGUCUGUUUGAACUCUUCUACCACGUGGUGCCCACCCACCAUAUACAGCAGUUUGAGAACUUUCCUCAGGUGGCAGCACUUCACCACAACAACUGUAUGUUUAUUGCUCAUCAUCUGCUGACCCUGGGCCACCAGUUUGCCCCCAAGUUGCCACUGCCAGACAAUAAAACAUAUGUGGAUCUCAUCCAGAAGAUUAGACACAGCGGAGUCCAGGUGUUUGUUUUCCAGGUCAACCAACAGCAUGAUCUACUCCUCCAGUACCUGGAUGGCGCUGAGGGGUUUGCCAGUGUGGACAAGGACAUGAACUUUGCGGUGGCAAACAAGGCUGUCAAACAGGUGCUGCUGCAGCUGUCUCAUCUACACAAGAUCUGGAAGCCAGUCCUGCCUGUGGCUGUCUACAAGAGGGCAAUGGGUAAGCUGAUUGGCUGUGUGGUUGAAAAGGUCAGUUACAGCAUCACAUCCUUGGAGGACAUCGCGCAGGAAGCCGCCCACAGACUAACACAGUUACUAGCACCACUGGAGCAGGAGUCUGGGGAGUUCAUGACCUGGCCAGGGGAAGUGGCCAGUGCAGAGUUGCUAAGACAUGUGCCAGGAUGGGUUAGGUUAACCGAACUCAAGUUCAUGCUGGGGGCCAAUUUGUCUGCCAUUUCUGAUCGCUGGGCUGAGGGCAUGGGGCCAUUGGCGGUCUCAUUUAGCCCAGUUGAAGUCAAACAGCUGAUCAGAGCUCUGUUUCAGAAUACAGACAGACGAGCUACCAUACUGGCAACCAUCAGGUAA